GUCUGUCACCCGAACCCGCUUUCUGCGGGAGCCUACACUGGGCUCAGCCGUUGCCUGCAGAUCCGCCUGGCUCCUCUGGAUUUCAAGACCAUCCUCUCAAGCAGCCUCACCUGUCUGAAGAACAGCUCUAGGCCAGGACCGGGCAGCAUCGCAGCGCCAUGGAGCAGUACAGCCUCGGGGACGAGGGGGCUCUCUCCUUCUCAGAGAGCCAGGGCCUCAACUGCAGUGACACCCUCAAUCGGGACCUGGGUCCCAACACACGAGACCUGCUCUAUGCUGGCCUGAGCGGUCUGGGCCUAGACCCCAAUCUAUCGGCGCCCGACAUGCCCAGCGAGGUGCUGGAGGACAACUUAGACACCCUGAGUCUGUACUCGGGGAAGGACAGUGAUUCUGUGAAGCUGCUGGAGGAGUAUACGGACCCAGAGUCUCAGGCUUGCUUACAAGACCUGGGGCUGGGCACACUGAAGGCGCCCAAAGACGCCGAAGAAGGCGGCAGGGCCGGCUCCAGCUCGGGCUCCGGGAGUAGCCGUCGAGGCAAGCGGCAGCACAGCUCCCCCCAGAACCCGCUCCUGGACUGCAGCCUGUGCGGGAAGGUGUUCAGCAGUGCCAGUUCCCUCAGCAAGCACUACCUGACGCACAGCCAAGAGAGGAAGCACGUUUGCAAGAUCUGCAGCAAGGCCUUCAAGCGGCAGGACCACCUGACGGGACACAUGCUGACCCACCAGAAGACCAAGCCCUUCGUGUGCAUCGAGCAGGGCUGCAGCAAGAGCUACUGCGACUACCGCUCGCUGCGCCGCCACUAUGAGGUCCAGCACGGUCUGUGCAUCCUGAAGGAGGCCCCCCUGGAAGAGGAGCCCUGCGGGGACUCCCCCCACGCCCAUGAGGUACCCGGCAGCCUUCGGGCUCUGGUGCCCCCGGAAGCCAGAUCCCCCAGUUCCAUGCUGCCCAACCGGGAUCUCCUGCGCUGCAUCGUCAGCAGCAUCGUUCACCAGAAGAUGCCAGGCCCCGUGGCGUCCUCUGACCCUGAGGCCAGGGUGUCCACCUGCCCCUGCCCAGCCUCCUCGGCCUCUGCCCCAGGCACUGAGGGUCCCGAGGAACCAAGGCCCCCUCGAAAAGAGCCGGGCAGCGCUGAUGGGUUCUCGGCUAUCCACUCAAGGGGGGCGGAGAACGGGGUCUCUGAAGGCCCCGAGUCAGAGCUCCCUGUCCUCCAGCUCCCAGCCACCCUGGAGGGCUGGCCCGACGGUGGGCCUCUGCCUGCUCGCCUGCCUCUUUUCCGAGGCCAGACGGCCCCCGCUGGCUCCCAGCCAUCUGGCCCAAACUUCCAGUGGCUCAGAAACCUACCCGGCUGCCCCAAGAGCAAAGGCAGCAGCGUGUUCGUUGUGCACAAGACCCCUGCGGCGCCGGCCUGGGAAGGCUCGGAGUCAGGUCCGGGGCCCGGAGGGGGCGCCUCCCCAGGCAUGGAGGCCACAUCCUGCUCUGGCACGGGGCUGGAAGAUCGGCUGCCCUUCCCUGGCCCAAACGACACCAGGGCUGCUGUCGGUGGGGACGAUGACGCCUGGGCCUCCAAGAAGAGCAAGCUGGAGGGUGACUCGGUGCCCUGGCAGAAUCCCGGGGAGCCUGGUUCUCAGGACCCCCAGAAAGCCAGCGGGCUCCCGGCCGAGGCCACGCCACUCUUUCGGCAGCUUCUGUUGAAGUCGCAAGAGUCUCUGGCGAGCCACGAGCAGAUGCAGGUGUUCCAGAUGAUCACCAAGUCACAGCGCAUCUUCUCCCACACCCAGGUGGCCGCCCCUGCCGCCCAGCUCUCUGCGCCUGAGGCCAAGCCUGCUGCCCCGAAACCACUGCCUGGGCCGUGGCCACAGCAGUCCUCACCACUGGCCCCUGCCGUGGACACGGAGCCCGAGGGGUCCCCGGCCCGCAGGAGGAAGACCUCGGCCGCCUUUGCCCGAGAUACCUCCCCUGGUGGCAGCGGCAGCACCCGGCGGGAAGCCAAGGGAGGGCCAAAGGGAACCACCACACCACCGUCCCUUGUGCCCGUGGCCCCGGACCCCCCUGUUAACCCCGACGGCUCAUUUCUGGCCAAGCAGCUGCGAUCUGCAAAAGGGGCCUUGGACCUGGGGGACAUAUUCUCUACAAGCAUGCGGCAGAGCCAGAAAGGGAGUGACGAGACACCCGGCCCCCAGCUGCCUGGAAAGCUAGCUCAAGCUGAGACCGCCACUGCCACUGCCGCCACCGCUGCUGCCACCACCACCACCACCACUGCAGGGUCCUCCAAAGGUGACAAGGGCCCCGCUUGCCCCCGGGGUGCAGGCUACAGGCUCUUCUCGGGCCACCCCAGGGCCCAGCGCUUCUCCGGCUUCCGGAAGGAGAAGGUGAAGAUGGACCUGUGCUGCUCAGCCUCACCCAGCCAGGUCGCCAUGGCCUCCUUCUCAUCAGCCGGGCCCCCUGCUGACCCGCCACGAGACGCCAAGUCCAAGCUGACCAUAUUCAACAGGAUCCAGGGCGGGAAUAUCUACAGGCUCCCUCAUCCCGUGAAGGAAGAGAACACUGCGGGUGGCCGAAACCAGCAAAAUGGGGGGCCUGCCGACUGGACCGAGCCCAGGAGCACUUACGUCUGCAAGAACUGCAGCCAGAUGUUCUACACUGAGAAGGGCCUGGGCAGCCACAUGUGCUUCCACAGCGACCAGUGGCCGUCCCCUCGUGGGAAGCAGGAGCAGCAGGUGCCUGGCUCCGAGUUCUGCAAGCCACCAAGACAGAUGCUGAGGCCCGAUGUGGACAGCCAGAGUCCCCCAGGAGCCAAGAAGCCCGCAGACAGUGAGGCAGAAGCCACCCUGAUGAUCCCCGGGUCUGUCCCUGUGGCCCCAGGGACCCGGCUGCUGGCCAGUGUUGCCAAGGGCCAAGAGAAGGACGGGGAAGAGGGCCAGGAGAGCGGUCGGCACAGGAAGCGGAAGAAGCGGCCCCCGCCCAAGGCACUGUUCAUCCCCGCUCCACCCUCCGCAUUCAGGGAGCCAGACCUCGGUGGGCGCCACCCGAGCUGCCUACGGUCCCCAGUGUUCCUGGUGGACCAGCUCCUGAAAGGCCUGUUCCAGUGCUCGCCCUACACGCCACCCCCCAUGCUCAGCCCCAUCCGGGAGGGCUCGGGGCUGUACUUCAACACCCUGUGCACCACGACUGCACAGGCCAGCCCCGACAGGCUUUUCAGCACUGUGUUUGAUCCCAUGGAUGGCUCUUUUGGCAUCUCUAUGGUGAAGGACAACACCAGGAUCAGCAUUGAACCACACAUCAACAUAGGAAGCCGGUUUCAGGCUGAGAUCCCGGAGGUCCAAGAGAGGUCUCUGGCCAACACCGAUGACCACGUAGCUGCUCUGGUCUGGAAGCCGUGGGGAGACGUGAUGACCAACCCGGAAACACAGGACCGAGUGACGGAGCUCUGUAACGUGGCUUGCUCCAGCGUGAUGCCAGGAGGCGGCACCAACCUGGAACUGGCGCUGCACUGCCUGCAUGAGGCUCAAGGCAACGUCCAGAUGGCCCUGGAGACGCUCCUGCUCAGGGGACCCCAGAAGCUGCUGACGCAUCCAAUGGCUGAUUACCGCUACACAGGCUCUGACAGCUGGACCCCCAUGGAGAAGAGACUUUUCAAGAAGGCAUUCUGUGCCCACAAGAAGGACUUUUACUUGAUACACAAGACGAUCCAGUCGAAGACAGUCACCCAGUGCGUGGAGUAUUACUAUGUCUGGAAGAAGAUGAUCAAGUUUGACUGUGGCCGGACCCCGGGGCUGGAGAAGAGGAUCAAGAGGGAGCUGGAAGAGGCUGAGAGGACAGAGGAGAAGGUCACGUGCAGCCCAAGGGAGCGACUCACACACCGUCCAACUCCUGAGCUAAAGAUAAAGACCAAGAGUUACCGGAGGGAGUCCAUCCUCAACUCCAGCCCCAACACAGGCCCCAAGAGGACCCCUGAGGCACCGGGGGCCGUGGAGGGCCAAGGUGUCUUCCCCUGCAGAGAGUGUGAGAGGGUGUUCGACAAGAUCAAGAGUCGGAAUGCCCACAUGAAGCGCCACCGGCUGCAGGACCACGUAGAGCCUCUGGUCAGGGUCAAGUGGCCGGUGAAGCCCUUCCAGCUGAAGGAGGAGGAGGAAGAGGAGGAGGAGAUGGGGACUGACAUUGGCCCCCUGCAGUGGUGAGGCCUAUCCAAGGGAGACCCUGACCAAGGGGUCCUCACUUCCCCCCUGCCAGCCCAGCUAGCAAGCUUGCCUUCGUGAGAAGCCCUCGUGGCCGUCAGACAGCUGGGGCGAUUUGAGCCAGGGCCAGAGGACCGUCAGUCCUCCUCCCAGAGCACAGGGUGGGAGGGAGGGACAAUGUGACAUCUGCGGCCUCCCUCGGGGGUGGCAACUACACUGUUAUUACGCACCUCCCCACUCCACCCUCCAGUGUGGAGACUCAGCGGGCAGUGCCUUCUGGCCCGCCCCAUCCUCCCUGUCUGCUUGGGCACGUGACCACUCCUGAAUUUUCUUCCUCGCCCAGUGACUUGUACAUUGUUAGGUCAUUGUUGUUUGUUUUUGUUUCUUUUGUAUGCGUCUCCUUGUACAUUUUAUUAAAUUGGGUUCUUGAGCA